AUGUCGCGCAGGCUCGAGGAGGCUACCGAGGAGGCUCUAUUGACGGGCGGUCGUGCCGGUCGCCGAGCUGUGGAAGACGCUGGUUUCUCUGAAGAGCUGAGGGAGAGGCUGCUCGACAAGGUCCAGACAGCACAGUUCCGAUCCAAAUACGCCUCUGCCUUUGCUGAGGCUUCGAUGCCCACCGCAGCAGGUGAUGGCACAAGGUCAAUGGCCACCGCACAGCCCUGGACGGGCGAAGAGUCGCAGUCGGAUACCGUCCUCCGAAUGCUCGAUGAUGCGAGGAAACCCCUUAAGCCCGAGAUGCGGGGCAAGUUCCAGAUACCACCCGUCGAUAUGCGGAUACGAAAAGAGCCCAAGAUGCACCCUGGCCAGCGCGCUGCCAACGCCCGUGAGCGAGCAUCGACGUACACUGGGAUGGGAUUGAAGGAGGGAAACGGACUGAGUCAAAAGGAACGUGAGGAGAUGAGGCAGGAGUUCCGCGACAGGUUUGCAGCGGCUGCUCGAGCGGUACCGAAUACCAUAUCCGGGCUCGAGUCGCUAGCGAACGAAAGGAUCGAGGACGCCAUCGCCCGUGGGCAGUUCAAGAAUAUACCGCGUGGCAAGGGGAUCGAGCGAGAUACGAGGGCAGAUAACCCGUUCAUCGACACGACGGAGUACAUAAUGAACAAGAUGAUCAAGAGGCAGGAGAUAGUACCCCCAUGGAUCGAGAAGCAGCAAGAACUGGCAAAGGCCGCCGGGGUAUUCAGGGCAAGGAUGCGCAAUGAUUGGAGGAGGCACGUGGCGAGAAUGAUCUCUUCGAGGGGCGGAAGCUUGGAGGAGCAAAUGCUGCGGGCAGAGGACUACGCCCGAGCAGAGGCGAGGCAUAACCCGCGCAAGAAGAAUAGCGACAGCAUCUCAGUGUCCACCAGUACCACCGAUGAUCCGGUGAUGGUGAAGAUGCGCCAGCAAGCAGCGGAAGCCACCGACGCGCAAAAAGUCGCCUCAGAUUUGGCUCCGAAGGAGUCUGCGAGGCCACCCGUACAGCCUUUCCGCGAUUCGGACUGGUUAGCAACCGAACGCUCGUACAUGACCCUUGCUGUCGAGAAUCUCAACGCCAUCACACGGUCGUACAACCUUAUGGCACCAGAACUGGCCAAGAAGCCGUACUUUUCUCUCGAGCGUGAGCUCGCCGCGUGCUACGCCGAUGUUGCGCCACUCGUGGCGGAAACUAUCAGGGAGAGAGCGACAAGACCGGCAAAGUCGCUCUUCGACUCGGCAGGGGGAGGCACGAAGACGGUGUUUGACCGCUUUGCCAAGGAGGGCACGACGGCUAAGAUCUACGACUCGAGGGCUCCUCAUUAUGGCUUCAAGGAGAUGUGGAGAGACCUCUGGAGUUGA